AUGCAAGCGAAUGGACACCGGUCGUUUGAUGCAGCCCUGGUUCUAAAGUCUCCAGUAACGGAACUACUGAGUCGACGGGCUUUUCCCAUAACGCAUACGCAUCCAAUCAACCCGCUGAGCUUCACUGAUCGUAACUCCCGGAGAGCCAACAUACCUGCUAUCAAUACCAACUCUACUCCAGCAAACUCCAAAGAUCAGCUCCAUUACGGUGCUCAGUUCGACAUGAACUUCGCUCCUUUACUCCCAUCACAGCUCCUCCUCGGUAGCCCCUUUCAACCAGGGACUCCGUCCGCCUUCGCCUCGCCCCAAUUUGGCAACUUCCCAGGUUUUUCGCAAUCCAAUCAGACUGUUGAACAGAGUCACCAAAACCAGCUCAACAGCCCAACUCAGGCUCAACAUGGACCCCUAUCGCCCCAGAUGUAUCAAAGUCUGAUGUCUCCCGGUGGCAUGGGAAGUUCCGCUCUAUUAGCCGGUCCGACUUCGCCCAUAUCAGGGCUCCCAGCGUUUGCGAAUGCAUUUGCCCCAAGCCCGCAGCUUCAAUCGGGGCAUGGCAUCCUGUCAGGAACCAGCCGGACUGUUUAUCUAGGAAAUUUGCCUCCGGAAACCACCUCGGAAGAGAUUUUGGGUCAUGUGCGGAGCGGCCAAAUCGAAUCCGUCCGCCUUCUCCCUGACAAGAACUGUGCCUUUAUUUCGUUCCUGGAUAGCAGCUCUGCUACUCACUUUCAUUCAGAUGCCAUCCUUAAAAAAUUAUCUAUCAAGGGUAAUGAUAUCAAAAUUGGAUGGGGGAAGCCGUCGCAAGUUCCUACAUCCGUAGCACUUGCUGUGCAGCAAUCACACGCGUCCAGAAAUGUAUACCUUGGAAAUCUGCAUGAAGAUGUUACCGAGGAGGAACUACGUGAGGAGCUCGGGAAAUUUGGCCCCAUCGAUACUGUGAAACUUGUGAAGGAGAAGUCUAUCGGCUUUGUCCAUUUCUUGUCUAUCAGUAACGCGAUCAAAGCAGUUACUCAACUCCCGCAGGAACCCAACUGGCAACCCCCAAAAAGAGUUUACUACGGCAAGGAUAGAUGUGCAUAUAUCUCAAAAACCCAACAACAGAAUGCUGCACAAUACCUUGGGAUUGCCCCCGGAUAUGCCCAUACGCUAAACUCACACGAUCGUGAUAUACUUUCAAAUGCGAUAGCACAGCAAUCCUUGGCCGCCGCUGCCGUUGCAACCUCCGCUGGUGGCAUGCAUAAUCUUGGAAACAGAACAGUAUACCUGGGUAACAUUCACCCAGAGACGACGAUCGAGGAGAUUUGCAACGUUGUCCGUGGCGGCCUCCUGCAUCAUAUCCGGUACAUACCAGACAAGCAUAUCUGCUUUGUUACCUUUGUUGAUGCUACAUCUGCUGCUUCUUUCUACGCACUUAGCAACAUGCAAGGUCUAAUGAUCCACAAUAGAAGGCUGAAAAUCGGAUGGGGCAAACAUUCUGGUGGACUUCCAACGGCAAUUUCAUUGGCUGUCAGCGGAGGUGCAUCCCGCAAUGUGUACAUUGGAAACCUGGAUGAAACUUGGACCGAAGAACGCCUACGCCAGGAUUUCUCGGCAUAUGGUGAGAUCGAAUUAGUCAACACACUUAGAGAGAAAAGCUGUGCCUUUGUGAACUUCACCAAUAUUGCCAACGCUAUCAAGGCAAUUGAAGGAAUGCGAGGAUCAGAGGAUUAUAAACGAUUCAAGAUCAACUUUGGAAAAGACCGCUGUGGUAACCCCCCUCGCCAGGUUAACAAUAACCAGAAUGGCAACCGCGCGGAUGGUUCCAGCAAUUCUGUUAAUGGGGCCAUUCAGUCAGGCGGCAACCAGAACGGACAACAAUCAAGCCCAAGUCGACCUGCUCUGUCCCCUGUUACUGGCUCUUCAGGAUCCUUGUCCCAAAACGGCCAAAGCAAACACCCCUUACACUCCAUAGCAAGCCCUGGAUCUCUCAUAAGCGCGGGAAGCAACAAUCCCUUGACUCUUUAUCUCAGCCAGGUCUCCCAACAAACUAGCCGUGAACAAGAGUCUCGCCUGGGUAACUCUAUGCAGUAUCCUUCACUUCAAACUCAAAACUAUGGCCACUCCCAAAGCAAUCACGGACAUACCCAUAGCCACAGUCACUUCGAAGGCACCAACGGAGUGGUAGACAAUGGCGCACCAGGCGAACCUCUCCUCCAGCACAAAUCGUCCCUUAACGGCUUGCUAAACGUCUCCAGCGCUUCCAAUGCAGCUCAGCAGCAACACAGCCCGACGAAUGGCAAUACCUUGAGUGUUCCGCGUGCUCAGCACUCGCGAACCGUUAGUUUGCCAUCGUUUUCCCAGGAGCGAUUUGGCCAAGGCCCACAUUCACAUCUUCCAUCACGAUCAGGCAUGAAUCAUCAAACCCAAGGGAGCUUCUCAGGCUUCGGUGGGCUAGGAGGGCUUAACCAUGGCGGUUUCGGUGGCCUCUCCAUAACGAAUGAAGGCUCUCUUCCCGGGUGGGCUGAGGAAGAGAUUGGAGCUAAAUAA